GUAGGAGAAAGGUAGCAGGCAGAGGCCGGUUUAGAAUUAUGCCGAUUGUUAAAUUAUGUACAUUCGUGUGAAAAUCUACGGCAAAUAAUAAUUCUCCAGGUCGUUUUUUGGAUUUGUAUCAAAAGAAAAAGGCGAAGUGCAAAAAUGACUUCGGAGUUAAUAAUACGUACACACACCUUAAUGUCCUGAUAAGAGUUCAUGUUGAAGGAGAACGAGGUGGGGGAGGAGGAAGGAAGAGGUGGAGGCUACGUUCAGGUAGUCCAACAGAAGUGUGGAAUUUGGUUCCGUAGAGCUAUUCUGAAAACGGCGGAGAAAUACAUGCAGAAAACUAAAGCUCUAACAGAAAACGAACUGUAAAUACCAGUAUGCUCAUGGAAGUGUCCGGGAAAGAAUUUAGACAAUUCCAAAUCUAAUGAAAAUGUGAAAGACGGAUAGAAGACAACUGGAGAACGUAUGCUAUGCAGGGCUGGAAUAAAUGCAUUUUGAUGGGUUUUCAUUGAUAAAUGGAAAGACAUAAUUCGACGUUUGGGUUUGCGGGAAGAUUUCGCGGUGAACAUUGAAGCGAGAAAACAGCGGGUGCUAGCCGGAGGUUGUUUUGUCAAAGUGAUGCGGGACCUGACCAUGUGAUGCUGAUGGACCAGGACACACAGUGGCUGUACCAACUCCUGGCGGAGGUCCAGCUGGAGAGGUUCUACCUGCGCGUUCGGGACGGGCUGAACGUGACCCGGAUAGAGCACUUUGCUUAUGUGAAGGAUGCCGACCUCGAGCAGAUUGGCAUCGGCAAACCCGGUCAGAGAAGAUUAUGGGAUGCACUCAAACGCUACAAAGCCACCACCCGACCGCGGUCAUGGAUGGCCAAGGUCUUCAGUGGGCGUGCUCCAGAUGGGAGCGACCAAUGGGGUGGUGCGGGACAGGGACAGGACACAGGGCGGUCCCUCACCUGUCUCAUCCAGGACAGUGAGCUGUCACUGGGGGAGAAGCUGGGCUCUGGGUCUUUUGGCGUGGUGCGCAGGGGCGAGUGGCAUACCCCCACGGGGCGUGUGUUGCAGGUAGCAGUGAAGUCCCUGAGGAGCAGCCUCUCUCGGCAGACAGACACGCUCACCGACUUCCUCCAGGAGGUGACAGUCAUGCAGUCACUGGACCACCCCAACAUCAUCCGCCUGUACGGCGUGGUGCUCACCCAGCCCUUGAAGAUGGUGACAGAGCUGGCGCAGCUGGGCUCCCUGUAUGACACGCUUCGGGCGCGGACGGGCGAGUACCCGCUGUCCCGCCUCUGGCUCUUUAGCACGCAGAUCGCGGCGGGAAUGGAGUACCUGGAGAGCCGGCGCUUCAUCCACCGCGACCUGGCGGCGCGCAACGUGCUGCUGGCUGCCCGCGAGCUCGUCAAGAUCGGCGACUUCGGCCUCAUGCGGGGCCUGGACCAGGACAGGGACCAUUACGUCAUGACCGCCCACCGGAGGAUCCCGUUCGCAUGGUGUGCUCCAGAGUGUUUGCGGGUGGGCACCUUCUCGCACUCCUCUGAUGUGUGGAUGUUUGGUGUCACACUGUGGGAGAUGUUCACCUACUGUCAAGAGCCAUGGCUGGGGAUGUCAGGUCGACAGAUCCUGUGGCGUGUGGAGCGGGAAGGGGAGCGCUUGGAGAGGCCCCUGGACUGUCCCCAGGAGAUGUACAGCGUGAUGCGGAAGUGCUGGGCCAUCAGCCCCUCUGACCGGCCCUCCUUCUCCAAGCUCACCACGCUGGUGGCAGAGGCCCAGCCAAUGGAGGUGCGUGCUUUGAGGGACUUUGCUGAACCCCGAAAACUGACCCUGCAGACGAAUGAUGUGGUGACCGUCAUAGAUCACAGUCUGGAGCUGUGCGAAUGGAGAGGCCAGAACCAGAGGACCCUGAGCAUUGGCUUAUUCCCUGCCAGCCUGGCCGCGCCUAUCCUACCUGGCCCUGGCCCUGGCCCUGCCCCCGGCCCUGCCCCCGGCUCCACCCCCACCUUCAUCUCCGCCCCCUUGAAGGGCAGUCUGCAGCACAUGGGUCACGGAGACAUCCACCCGCAGCGCAGCUGGGGGACCCCUGAGCGCCUGGAUGAGACUGCAAACUGGAGGACUCCUGGGGUGGGCAGAGAGAAGGAGAGUUCCAACCUACAGAGAAUGGCAGGCCUUUCUCGAAGUUUUGAGUCGGUCCUCAGCGGGCCCUCACAUGGGGGACAGGGCGGAGGGGGCAGGGUGGACCCGCGCAGACUCAUGCCCAGACCCCAGCCCCAGCUGAUCCAGGACCCGCGGCGGCUCAGCGAGGCCAGCCUCAUGCCGCCUCCCCGGCCCCCGCCCCCCAACUUGAAGCGCCUCAAGCCCCAGGUGCAGAUCCGUGAGCGCAGGCCCACUUUAAAUCAAGCCCCAGGCUUGUGGCCUGUUCCUCAGCUCCCCCAGCAGCAGCCCCAGCAGCAGGCCCUGGGCAUCGGCAACCUGGUCAAGAUGGCCCACAUGGCCCGGUCCACCCCCCAGCUGGACGACUUUGGAGAGAAGGAGAGAGAGAGAGAUCGGGAAAGGGAGAGGGACCGAGAGAGAUACCCGCCUCAAGUGCAGCAAGAUAAGGCAGCCAUUAUAGCCCAAGUGCAGGAGGCGGUGCACGGAGUAACCAGCGAGGAGGUGCGGAACGCCCUUCGGCACAAUGACUGGAACCCUGUCAAAGCUGAACAGCAGCUCAAGACAGAGCAGCUGUACUUCUUGAGUCUGUGCUCCAGGGAGGACUGCGUUCGAAUCCUGUCACGGCACCAGUGGGACCUGCAGGAGGCCAGCCGGUACAUGCUGAGGCUGGCACGGGAUGCAGACCGAGGAGGAGAAGGGCCAGCUGCCACAGACAGGCGCGGAGUUUGAGGGAGGGGAAAGGGGAGGGGUGUGCGGAGGGUGCGAGCAGAUACGACGCUCAGUACGCCAUGGAGAGAGACAGACGAAGCAGGACAAGGGGGGCGGACGACAGGGACAGGAAGCCCGCCAUGUCCGGCCGUCCAGUCGUCCAGCUCAGAUGGCUUUACUGGCAAUGAAAGACCCUCUCUCUGCAUCUAUGUUAAUGUCAAACACUCUGGUCCAGUUGUAUUUACCUCAGCAACAGCUCCGCCAGGAAGGAAUGGCACUGCGUUCUGUGCAUGCCAAAGCUGGAGACUCGCAGGCCGCUCUGGGCUUUCCCAGGACCACCUGCUCCAGGCUCUCCAAAGUAAACAGGUGACGUAACCAUACAGGUUGCAUAACCAUACUAAACGCUCUACAUAUUAAUGCACAUGUCACAGCAAAACGCAUGACUUAAACCAAAAUGAGAGGAAGUACUGAUAUUCUACUUGAUACUGCUGGUCAUUUGCAUUUUGCAAUCCCUCAGUUUUUAGGAACAUGAAGACGUUUACAAUCAGCUGUUGUUUUUUUAG